UCAUCAACAACAUCGUCGCCAUAUCCUUGUCUAUAGACUAUAGACUAUACCAAACUCUUCCAUUAUGCCUAUGACCUCAUUGCUAAUAUGUUGCUUCGCUACAUCUUUCUCUGCCUUAUUAUUGUAUUUUCGAUAAUGCUACCCAAACCAAAGUUUCCGUGUGGCAUCUGUGAUAGGUCUGUCACCUGGAAGGCGCCAGCUAUUGCUUGUAAUAGCUGUGGAAUAUGGUACCACAAGAAUUGUGUCAAUAUCAGUACCGCGGUCUUCAAUGCUUUGGAAAAAUUCAACGCAGACUGGAUAUGUUGCUCAUGCGGUUUACCUCAAUUCCAUUCAAGUCUCUUUGAAUCUUCAAUACCUGACAGCAUCUUAGACUCGGUGAACUCCGGUAGAGAGAGUCCUGUACCUGGUCAUCCCCAGGCCUGUUCAACACCGCUACCAGAUGCCCCAGACACGGUGCCCAUGAGUGCUCAACAGAAAAACAUUAGUGUGUUAGUAAUUAACUGUCAAAGCAUCAAGAAUAAACUGGCCGAAUUUUGGAUAAUCAUUGAAACAGCAAAGCCCGACAUCAUAAUCCUUACUGAAACAUGGCUGAACUCGAACAUCCUGAGCAGUGAGAUCUUACCACAAGGUCUGCAUUAUGAGCUUUUCAGAAGAGAUCGAUCAGAUGGCUAUGGAGGUGUAGCAGUCGCUAUCUCCAGGAGUUUUGAUGCAAAACAUCUUCACACUGCAGAUGACUGCGAAGCACUGUUUAUCGAGCUUAAUAUUACAGCCAACAGGAGUCGGAAGGAGUCCAUCAUUGUUGGAGCAGUCUACCGACCACCAAGCUCUCGGAAUGACUACAUGGAGAGUCUCUGCACCAACAUAAGAAAUGUGGCUCAACAACACAGAAAGUCUGUCUUAUGGAUUGGAGGAGACUUCAAUUUACCAGACAUCGACUGGAGUGACUAUGUGGUCACUGGCCACCGCAACACGCAAUCAGUGAAUAAUGACAUCUUCACUACAAUCGUCGAAGCAGGUCUUGAGCAGAUUGUCACCUUUCCCACUAGACUGGAACAUACUCUCGACCUGUUCCUGACAAAUAGACCAGCCUUCAUCAACAAUUGUCAGUCGAUGCCUGGAAUUGGUGACCAUGACAUCGUGUGUAUCAACACCGACAUCAUACCACGCAGACGCAAACCUGCCAAACGCAAGAUCUAUCUGUGGGACAAGGCCAACAUGGAGGAUGUCCGUAAAGGAGGUGAAAGGAUGGCUGAAGAAUUCUUUAGCAAAUACGACGCGUCCUCAUCGGUAAAUGAGAUGUGGUCAUCCAUUAAAACAGAAUUACAGGAAAUACUUGACAAACAUGUUCCAUCAAAAUUCACCACUCAAAGAUACAAUCAAUCCUGGGUCAACAGGAAAGUUAAGAGGUUAAGUAGACAGAAACAAAGAGCCUACAACAAGGCCCGCUCAUACUGUGGUCCGAGGAAGGCACGGAUGUGGGAGAAAUUCAUCUCACUGAAGAGGAAAACGCAGAAAGCUUGUAAGGAGGCCUACGAGACAUACAUAAACAACAUCAUUUGUCCUGAUCUUCGAUCUAACCCCAAAAGAUUCUGGAGCUACAUCUCAAGCAAGCGCUGUGAUAGUAAUGGCAUCUCCCCCCUUCGUGGACCAACUGGCGCAACUUUCACCAGCAGUAAGGACAAGGCAAACCUCCUCAACGACCAAUUUUCAUCAGUCUUCAACAACGUUGACGAGGACAGGGAGCCCAUCCCCAACCUUGGUCCUAGUCCGUACCCCCGCCUAUCGCACAUUGACGUCACUUCAAAUGGAAUAAUCAAACUCUUAAGAAACUAA